AUGAGGAGCGUUACUGAGCAUCCGUUUUGGGAGUGUACUAAAUACGGAACACAUAAAGUUACAAACGAAAGUACACUGAAACGAAUUAUCAAUAAUUUUAUACAGUAUGGAACUAUUCAAAAUCAUAGACACGAUCUGCCAGGUCCUUCUGCGUCUAUAACUGUAGAAGAAAAUAUUGAAGCAAUUAAAAAUUAUUUCGAACAGAAUCCAAAUGCUUCCAUUCGGAAAGCUGCCCAAGCUCUUAAAAUAUCAAAAACAACAUUACACAGGAUUUUAAAAUAUUUUCUGAAAAUGCAUCCGUAUAAAAUAACAUCUCAUCAAUUGCUAACCAAGCGCGCUAUGUUGAAACGUGUGGAAUUUUGCAAGACGAUAAAUGGAAUGUUUGAAAAUGAAGAACUUGAUGAAAAAUUCAUAAUUUACACGGAUGAAGCACAUUUUUGGCUAAAUGGUUACGUGAAUAAGCAAAAUUAUCGAUUUUGGGGGUCGGAAAAUCCCAACGUUUCCCUGGCUAAAGCCUCAAUCAAAGGAAUUUAUCUGCAAUUCUUUGACUCGAUAGUCACUGGUGAAAGUUACAAGCAGAUUCUUGAACAAAAAUUCUUCCCUCAUGCAAAAAAAAAGAGGCCUAGUCAGAGAUUUUUAUUUCUCAGGAGGUCUUCGAAACAAUCCAUAAAGUGUAUGGCAGCC